AUGUCCACCGCCGUCUUUGAACUAUUCGUUAAGCUCGCCGGGGUGACUAGUCCUGGACAGAAAGGGACGCAGUCUGCCCUCGAGAUGGCACCGCCGCAGCUGCUCCUGCCGACAGACGAGGAGUGUGUGUUGUACGGUCAGAAAAAGCCAAUUGUGUUCUUUUAUGAGCCACGGGGGGCACUUCAGCUCUCCAGCGGUGCAGCGGAGGGCAGCUCCGGGCCCGGUGCCGCCGCGUCUCUCAUCUCAAGCAGUCACGUGAACUUCUUACAAGGGUGGCCUGCAGAGAUGUCUGCAGCGCAGCUGACGGCCCCGGGGACGUCAGUGCAUGCACUCCGCGUGACGAGCGCCGAGGAUGACCUCCACAAGACGCUGUCGACGCAAGAGGUGUGGGCAGACUGGCCGCAGACUAUCCGCGGUUGGCAGCUCUGUCCUAUGAGCCACCUGUGCGCCGUGGUGCGCACCAACGGUGCAGCUCCGCAUGCGUAUUUGCUGGCCUCGCGCUACGAGCUGGUUGGUACCUCUGCGGUGUACGAACGAUAUCUGCUGCUGACGCCGCCGUCGAAAAGCAGCGGUCGCGAUUCUGCGUCUACUGUUGUGGCGCGUGCGACGACUGCAGCGGACUCGACGUCCAUCAGUGUCACCGAGUUGCGGACACUGCGGCGUGUCGCCUGCCUCUGCCGAUGCUUCUGCAGUAGCGGUGCGAGGGUGCAACCACGCGCAGUGCGCUCGCGCGGUGUCCGCAGCGACACGCUCGCGCCGCCACCGCCGCUGGCCGACCAUGUACUUCACUUGGUGCCGACCUCCCUCCAGUACACCUUCUGCUUCGCUGCGACGGCACUGUUGAGUGCGGCGGACGAGGAACGUUGCCAGUCGUGGGCGAUAACAGCAACGACGUUGAGCCGGCAAAAGCUCGGCUCGCAUCACCAGUCUUGCUCGACAACCGAGACAGCCAACACCUCCGGUGCACUCUCUGAUGCCGGGCACACAACAUACCUCGAGUCCGCCUCGCAAUCACGUGACCGUAGUGCCUCGGUGGUGCGUGUGGUGGAGAACGGCGGCGGCACGAUGAGCGCCUAUGGUGUUGGCUUCAGUGAGAACCCUCGCUCAGCAGUGUCGACGCCGGCGCGACCGCCGCUCUCCAUGGGUCACGUGGAUGAGCAGCGCGACUCGCUCUCCGGAACGCGUCACCGCGAGGACAUGGAGCAGGAAGAUGGCGAGGGCACACUGGAGGAGCGCCUCCCGCCGUCGCAGCGGUGGCGGUCGAUGGCGCUCGGCCGACUUCUCGACACAUCCUUCUACGAUGAGCGGGUGCCAGCCGGGUGGCGACGCUGGUGCUACGCGUCGAGUGGCAUUCUGUGUCGCCCCCUCGUGGUCGACUCUCUCGACGGCAUCAUCCGCUACAUACACGGCAGCCGCCUCGCCUUCUACACGGCAGUCGCAUUUCUCGACCGGUUCAUCGCCGUCACAGUGGACCCCUUCGCCAACUUCUUCACCUACAAACGCCAGCUCCAGCGGACCCGCUCGCGGCAGGAGAUGGACUGCCGAAUGCUGGCGCUUUCCGGCACGAGACCCACGGACCCGCCCAGGGCCUCUGAACUCGGCGCGGAGCAGCUGUACGCCAGUGGCCUCGACGGCGGUGUGCAAGCGCGCGACAUCUGCAGCUUUCUGACGCAGGUCAUCGUGGUGUGCAUCAUGCUCGGUAGCAAGACGGUCGACCUCUACCCCCCACGCAUUCGCAACUUGAUGGGCUGCGUUGAGGACACCGCCCCGAUCAGCGAGGAGGACUUCGUGAUUCUCGAGUUCCAUGUUCUGCUCACACUUGGCUUUCCCGUACACCCGGUCACCCUCUUCGAAGCCGUUGGCGCACUGCUCACCUUCUCCACCAGCGAUGCACUCUACGGCACUCUCACAGCGUCCCACAUAACGCGGCGGCUUCUGGAGGAACACCAAGACCGCGGCCACCUCGUUGACGACGUUGACCGACUUAUGCAGGAGGAGGCAGAGGAAGAAGAGGCCUCAGCCGUGGCAGGAAGUGUGCAGCCGAAGUCGCGCUCACACAGCGUAGCGCUCACGUCGGCAGACCGGUGCGCCAUCAACGAUUGGCUGCGGUUGCGCCUCUUUACGUAUUUCAUCUGCGAUGAGGUCAUUCGCGCCAACACUUCUGACCCUGCCGCAUCGUCUUCGGCGUCUGCGUCAUCAGCCGACGACAGCGCCCUGCUCUACCGCGACGGUAGCGCCGAUGGCAAGAACACCGCCGAAGAAGAAGCAAAGGUACAGGGCGGGGGCGCCAGUGUGCUUCAGUUCUCGCCCGUGCUCGUCGCCGCAGCAGCGCUCGUGAUAGCAGCCGAGCAGCUGCGCAUGCCCCUCCCUGCUCCCAUUCUGCGCCUUUUGCCAGCCCCCAUGCAAGCACAAAUGCGCGAAACCCCGGCCAACAGCAGAGGUGACAUCAAUCGCAGUAGUGGUGGUAACAAUUCCGUGCAUGGCACAGCCGUGUCGCACAGAGGCCAGUACGUGAGCGUGUGCGACAUGGGAAUUGAGGAAUCGAACGCAUUGCGCCGUGGCGCUGGCACGGAGAUAAGACAGAACGAAGCAUCGGCGGGGUUGCACCUCACAGCGGGCGCUACAGAUGAUCACUACAAGGUGCUGAUGGAACUGUCUCUAGUUCUGGAGCAAGAGCUGAGUCGGCUCUCUGACAACAGCAGUCUGCAGGAGCCGUUGACUCUGUCGAGUAUGCCAGCCCCAAGCGCCACGCUCAUCUCGACAAAUCUGGAAGCAAAAGACGAGCAGGUCGGCCCUAGCAGCUGCGGCGCGGCAACAGUGGCCGGGUCAUCGCCGUGUCCCACCCGUCCCCGCACCGGGGCGACGUCACGUGGAGGGGCACCCCGACGAGGGGCACCUUUAUCCUCUGCGGCGCCACCGCGUGUGCGUCCGGCGAGCGCGUGUGCCGUUGCCAUGUUUGGUCGCAUCAUUGCGCAGGCAAAGGCGAUCCACCACAAGAGUCGGGAGAGCUGCCCACCGGUGCUACUGCACCGCUAUCAGUCUCUCUUCCGGGACCGCGUAUAA